UGAAUAAAAACUCAAAACAGAAAGCCAUUAAUAGCCCAAAACAAGUACUCUACAAAAGAAACACGCAGAGGGAAAAGACAAAGAAAGAGGGAACAGAACGAGAGAGAGAGAGGCGCAAAGCCCGCUUCUACUGAUAGACCCUAUCCUCACGCUAACUUCAGAGUCCUUCCUUUUGUGUUUUGUUUUUGCACUCAAAAGAAAACUGGCAGAGAGAGAGAGGGAGAGAAGAACAACGGCCAAUUUUGGUGUGUGCUCGUUUAUUUUCUACGGUACGCUUCUAUACACCGUGUACAACGAACAAAGAAACACCCCUUUUGUUUUUCUGGUUCUUCCUAUAUGAUUUCUUUCGUGGGUUUUUAAUCUUUUCACUUUUUGAGUGGUUUUUGGUCUUUUUUUCUGUUGGUGGGUUUUGUUCUGAAUGACAUUGAGCUGGUUUUUCACUUUCUAGCCAAUGUAGGCUGAGGAAAUCAAUUUUGAUCUAUUUUAUGCAGUCUAGAGGCGAUUUGGUUUGUUGGGUAUUAAAUUUUUUUGAAGAAUAUUGGAGAGAUUGUAGAGGGAGAGAGAUCUUUUAGCCGAUGUGAUUGACAUAGACAAUCAUAUUGGCAGUAAUGUGAUGUUUGAUACAAGAUAUUAUAGCUGAUUCUCUCUCUCUCUCUCUUUUCAUUUUGUUGGAUUAUUAUUUGUAUUGCAAUGGCUGAGAAGCACUCCUCAUUAUCCCUUGGGGUUAUUUCUAGGAAAUCUAUGUUUUGCUUGUUUUCUUUAGUGUCUGCCUUGUUUAUACUGUCAUGGUUUCUUAUGUUGCGUUCCACGGGCAGUGCCGGAGUUAUUGACCUUAGUUUGUUGCCUCAUCCUAAACUUAAUUCUGUGAUUGAUAAUGGCAAUUCCGCAUCCUGGAAUCGGAAUGAUGUUGAAGCCUCGAUUGGAAAUCGAGCACGAGCAAUUCCUGUAGACAAUGAAGGAGAUGGAGGAGAAGAAAAACCUCAAGAGAAAGAUGAUUUAGGAGAUGUGAAAUGUAACAGUUUUGAUAAUAAUUGCAAACAAGUUCUUAAGGUUUUCAUGUAUGAUUUGCCUUCUGAGUUUCAUUUUGGACUCUUGGAUUGGAAACCUCAGGGGGGUAGUGUUUGGCCUGAUCUUAGAGCUAAAGUGCCUGCAUAUCCUGGUGGGCUGAACUUGCAACAUAGUAUUGAAUAUUGGCUUACAAUGGAUCUUCUUGCUUCAGAGAUUCAGGGCAUUCCUAGAGCUGGUAGUGCAGUAAGAGUUCAAAAUUCUAGUGAAGCUGAUGUUAUAUUUGUGCCAUUCUUUUCUUCUAUAAGCUAUAACCGAUAUUCCAAGGUGAAUCCACACCAAAAGAAGAGCAAGAACAAAUCAUUGGAAGAGAAGUUGGUCAAGUUUGUGACUUCGCAAAAGGAAUGGAAGAGGUCUGGGGGGCGAGACCAUAUCAUUCUGGCUCACCAUCCAAAUAGCAUGUUAUAUGCAAGGAUGAAGCUAUGGACGGCAAUGUUCAUACUUGCAGACUUUGGGAGGUAUUCUCCAAAUAUAGCAAAUGUUGGCAAAGAUGUGAUUGCACCAUACAAACAUGUAAUUAAAAGCUAUGCCAACGACUCCUCUAACUUUGACAGCCGCCCGACUUUGCUGUAUUUUCAAGGAGCCAUAUACAGGAAAGAUGGUGGCUUUGCUCGGCAAGAAUUAUUUUAUGCUCUAAAAGAUGAAAAAGACGUGCAUUUUCAGUUCGGUAGUGUACAAAAGGAUGGGGUGAGCAAAGCUUCUCAAGGAAUGCACUCCUCCAAAUUCUGCCUUAACAUAGCAGGUGACACGCCCUCAUCAAACCGCCUCUUUGAUGCCAUUGCGAGCCACUGUGUUCCGGUCAUAAUCAGUGACGAUAUUGAGCUCCCUUAUGAGGAUGUCCUUGACUACUCUCAAUUCUGCAUAUUUGUCCGCACUUCAGAUGCUGUCAGAGAAAAGUUCCUCAUAAACCUUGUCAGGAGUAUUAAGAAGGAUGAAUGGACUAGAAUGUGGCAGAGGUUGAAAGAGGUAGAAAACUUCUUUGAGUUCCAAUAUCCAUCAAAGGAAGGCGAUGCAGUUCAAAUGAUAUGGCAGGCUGUAGCAAGAAAAGUCCCUGCAAUUAGGUUGAAGGUAAAUAAGUUUAGGCGAUUUUCUCGUUUUGGGACCCUUAAAGAUGGAAUGUUAAGAAAAAUACCAUCACCUAGUAAUUUUUGGUGAAACAUUCAGUGUUUCUUUAUAGUGAACUUUGAGGUUCUGUUUAUAUAUAAAGUUGAGAAAUUCAAUUUAUUCUCACUGCAGAUUUUGACAACACUUUUGUAAAAAUAAAGGUUUAGGAAAUUAGACGAUAGGGUUUCAAGCAUUUGGUUUU